ACUAUAGGCCAUUAUUGUUUAUCUCAUAUAUCCAAAGGUGUUUUAAAAUGAAAUUCAACGUUUUACUCAUAGCCACGUGGUUACUAGGCCACUCCAUGGCAUUGAAAAUAACUAAUCGCAUUCGAAACCUGUUGCCCCUGUGCACAGUGAGCAACCAGCAGACAAAACCUAUCACAGAAACGAAUUUUGUUCUGCUAUCGCGUGACCCUUUGUAUCCUGCCGGAGGGAAUAACACGACGCUAACCAUAGGUAAGCAUCAAUGCCAAUUAGUACCUGGGCAUGCCAUUGAAACUGUACCAAAAGCAGAUACCAAUUCUGAGGGGAGUCACAAUGGGACUGUUAUCAAUAAAGACCAAAGUAAGCAAACUCCUGGAACAUAUCGUAAAGAUCCAGAGAACACUUGGGAUAAGGCGAAGUCAACAGGUAGCCAUCUAAUCCAUUGUAUCGCCUCUGAUUUUAAAUUUGGUGCCAGUGCGUUGAAUAAGGAAUCUAUAUUCGACAAGCGUAUGAACCACUACGCACUUGUGGAACUAGCCAAAAGGGUGUUGCAAUCGGAUGGUAUGAUUAUACCCAUUAACUACGAACAACUACUCAAUAGAGGUACCAAGUACUACCCCUUGCAAUUACUUAAAACUAUAUCGUUCCUAAUACGUCAACUGGGCACCCCGAGGCUAAACGUGCUGUUUAUUGUCUACAGCAAAGACCCUGGUAGAACUAAAGAGGAUAAAGAAUUUUACCUACAGCAAGAAAAGGAAAUUGAGCAGGCCUUAGUUAAUCAUUUCCGUGAAGUGGCGGGAUUCUCGGUGUUAAGCUUUGAAUUCACUGAUAAGGCACGACCCGAGGAAUAUAUACCAAAGGCACAUAAGUGGAUUGGCAAACGGAUCGACCUCCUCCAAGAAUGUCCCAAUGAACUCAUGCUUGAAAUUGCACAAAAAGAUUCCUUGGUACAGAAACUGGUGACCCUGCAACAGUAUAUGCGCACUUCUACGAAUAGUGUCGAGAACAUAAAACCUAUUUCGAGCAUAGACCCGAUUAUGCACAUUAAGCUCCUGGAUAUCGCUAAUGCAAUAGAACAGAGGCUAAACAAAUGGUUGCAACAGAACGCAACCACGAUGGCAGAUGUACCCAACGAUCUCAAGUCAAACGUAGACGUCAUGAUAGAUACCGUUAUGACCGAGUAUGACACUGCAAUGGAAGCAUUACCUAAAAGUACACAACAAGAAACACGGAUUAUAAGGAAUAAUCUACUGGAAUCUAUACAGAACAAGCUAAUGUUCAUGAUGGACAGUGUUAUCCUUAAACUCCAGGAUGAUACAAUACAACAGUUCCAAAACGACCUCCAAUCACUACCUGUGGAUGAUAAUUUAGAUAUUAAUCUACAGGACAUGAUUGGAAAGUACGAUAGAAAAUACUGUGCCCUGGUGGAGCAGUGUCUGUUUGAACGUUUAAAGGGAAACCGACUUUAUGAAACCAAGAUACAAAUGUACAGACGUGAUACUAUAGAGAACAUGAAAGAGGUUGCAAAUCACGUUCUUGAGUACGCUAUCAUCAAAGGAAUGUUCCGCGCAAAGUUCUCCAUGGUAGAUGGUAUACCCUACGUGCCCUCAAACAAAUUCACGCAAUUUAUAUCCAGAAUGUGGUCUAAACUGAAGGUACCAUUGCAUAUAAGCUUAAACUACCUUAGCCCUGAUGCAUUUGGCAUCUCUAACUGGUUUAGGAAAAGAAUACCUUUAAAACCUGGAAUUUUGCGCUAUUUUACAGGUGAAAUGCAGCAUAAAAUCGUUUCGGACGACCCUAGAAUAAGAAGUCAAGCUGAUUCAAUGGUUUACAAACCUAAAUAAUGUCAUAGAU